AUGAUGUAUUCCAAAGCUGGUAAAAUUUCAAUUGAACUAUUUCCUUGGAUACAAUAAAGAGAUGCUAUUAUCAAUGGAGAGAAAAAAAAAACAUAUGAAAUUUCAAUUUUCGAUGAUAUUCCUCAUAGUAAAAGACCUUAUAAAAGUUUCAAAGAAAAUACUAAAUCAUCUCCAAGAGAAACCUCUCAAACCAAAGUUUAACCAUUUUCUAAAUAAGUUGGGAGGGUGGAAUCUAAAAAGGAGUUAGAUAGAUAUGGAUUUUAUAAUCCCAAAUAUCAUUUAGUAUAGAAAAGGUCUCCUUUAACUGAUGGACCUGAUCAUUUUAGAUAAUUAAAUAGUGAUCGAUCUUUAUCUUCAAAAACUAUUAAAAGAUCUAUUAAAAUAUAGAAACCUACUUUAAAACAUAAUUGCGAUACUAGUAAAGAAUAUUUAGAGAAAAAAUAACUGUAAGAAGAAAGAAAGCUAAGAGCAUAAGAAUAUUAACCAGAUCUAAAUAGAUUCCCUUUACCAGAAGGACCAAAUGAACAUAGAUUUGAAUACUAACAAUACCCUUAAUCAUAAUAUCAUAGAUCUCCAAAUCCAAUAAUUAGACCACGAUCUAGUUCUUCUAAAUUGAAAUUUAAAGAAGUAAGUAUAUAAUUUGAUAAAAUGAUAGUAAAAGAAUGGUUAAAUUUAUGAUCUAAAUUAUACCGUAAUCUAUCCUAAAUCAGAUAAGAUGAUACCUGUAUUAGAUAAAUUGACACCAAGACAACCCUUUAAUAGUGAUAAACCAAUAUAUACAUAUCAUGAAACACUUUCUGAUGAUACUCCUAAGAAACGAAAUAGUCCCUUAUCAUUUAAAUUAGAUUAGCAAAUUUCUAGAGAAAAAGCAAUGAGUUACUAUUCCUCUAUAAGAAGACUUUAUUAUUUAUGA